AUGUCUGCCUCUGCAACUGCAGCAGAUAAUAAUGACGAUGUUAAAGCAUCUGAAUCGACCGCUACGACAAGAUUUAAACUUGACCGUAAAAAAAUUCGUCCUACAACGAUCAUAGAUGAAAAUGAUGAAUUAAUGCAAUUAGGUUUAACAGUGUUUAACCAACAAGAUCUAGAACAAGGAAUUAUUGAUCAGGUCGAUAAUGCACUAGCGAAUCAAGAGCGCCAAAAACGAAAAAUUGAUUUGGAAAAGCAAAUUCAAUCAACUGCAGUGACCAUCAAGGAUUUGAAAGCAAAUAUUACAUCAAAAACACAAAUAUUAAAAACAAUUGAUCAGGCAACCUAUUUGUCAGCCGGAAUAGAUGUACGAAAAGCGAACAUUGAAAAAUCAAUCAAAGAGUUGAGGCAAACACUAGGAAAAACUUUGUCAAAAAUUAAUUUGUUGAAACAAGAAUUAAGACAAACUGUGCAAGAUGAAGAACAGCAAAAUCAAGUUUCUUCUAUCCAUACAUCAUCUACACUCAUGGAUACACUUAUGCCAACAAUACAAAAUUAUGAUGAAAAUGGAACAGCAACUGAGGCAGCAUCAUCUUCAAAUAAAGAACGGCUGACCGAAUUUGAUACCUAUAUGAUGGGUCUUGAUGAAGAGUAUGACGGACGCAAAAAAAAGAACGACAAACAACAGCAACUGAAAAAUCUAUCGAAAACAGCAUCGACUAUCACUACUGCUCCGGCCUCAGCACCGUUAAGUUUGGACGGACCAGUUUUAUAUCGUGAUGUAGUACUGAAGAACAAAAAACAAAAAGAGAUGAAGAACUCUGCGCCUAAAAAACGAUCAAGAAAAGCUGCCUCAUCAACAGACGAGGAUGAAAUGGAGUAUAAUGAAGAUGAAGAUUAUUUUGAAAGUGACGAGGAAGAAGAAAACAAAAAGAAGAAUAGAAUAAACAAUGAUUUUUCUGAUGACGAUGAUGAUGUAUAUACUGCGAAACGAAAAAAACAAAAAGUAUCGAGGGCACUGGAUGAUGGUGACAAUGAUCAAUAUUAUAGCCGAUUGAGACAGCAUUAUGUUGAUAAACAACCGAUAACCCACAUGGAUAAUGUUGAUAAUGAUGACGUUGAGAUUAGUCGUGGUUUUUGGAUGCCUCUUAGUUUAUGGAAUCGAUUGUUCAAUUAUCAACGUGCUGGUGUUAAAUGGUUAUGGGAUCUUCAUCAACAAAAGUGUGGUGGUAUCGUUGCUGACGAGAUGGGUUUGGGCAAAACAAUUCAAAUAAUUACGUAUCUUGCUGCAUUUCAUUAUAGUAAAGUUAAAGAAGAAAACGGAAGAUAUCGUGGCCUUGGUCCUGUUUUAAUUAUAACGCCAUCAACCCUAUUACAUCAAUGGGUAUCUGAAUUUCAUCAGUGGUGGCCAGAAUUUCGAGUAGCCGUGCUACAUGAAUCUGGAUCUUUUAAAGGAAAGAAUGGCCAUCGAUUAAUUGCACGUAUGGGAACAACAGCAGCUGGAAUUUUAAUUACGUCUUAUUCUAGCGUUCUAAUACAUUAUGAUCAAUUAGUUUCAUAUCAAUGGCAGUAUCUUAUUUUGGACGAAGGUCAUAAAAUUCGUAAUCCAGAUGCGCAAAUAACAACUGCUUGUAAAUCGUUUCGUACACCACAUCGUCUCAUUUUAUCUGGUUCGCCAAUGCAAAAUAAUUUACGUGAACUAUGGUCUUUAUUCGAUUUUGUCUUUCCUGGAAAAUUAGGUACAUUACCAACAUUUAUGGAACAUUUUUCAAUACCCAUCACGCGCGGCGGUUAUGCUAAUGCUAAUCCAAUUGAAGUACAAACUGCGUAUAAAUGUGCAUGUGUAUUACGUGAUACAAUCAAAAAAUAUUUAAUUAGAAGAAUAAAAGCCGAACAAAAUGUUGUUUUAAAGUUGCCAGUAAAAAACGAACAGGUGUUAUUUUGUCGUUUAACAAAAGAUCAACGGUCAGUUUAUAAACAAUAUAUCGAUUCUAAAGAAUGUAAAAAGAUUUUGGAAGGAAGUACUCAGGUAUUUGUUGGUUUGAUUAAUUUACGUAAAAUAUGUAAUCAUCCAGACUUAUGCUCGAAUUGGAGUGAAUUUUUGCCACGUGAUGGAGAAAAGGCAGAAGAAGUGGCAAAAUAUGGUUAUCAUCGACGUUCGGGAAAAAUGAUUGUAUUAGAGACAUUGUUAAAAAUAUGGUUUAAACAACAACAACGAUGUUUACUGUUCACACAAAGUAAACAGAUGCUGAAUAUUUUGGAAGAUUUUAUUACGGCCAAUCACUAUACGUAUUUAAGAAUGGAUGGCACAACAACAAUUGCGUCGAGACAAGGACUUGUCACAAAAUUUAAUACAGAUCCAUCUCUUUUCAUAUUUUUAUUAACAACUAGAGUUGGAGGUUUGGGUAUUAAUUUGACAGGUGCUAACCGUGUAGUAAUUUUUGAUCCCGAUUGGAAUCCAAGUACUGAUAUGCAAGCGAGACAAAUUUUUAAACAAUUUUUAACAAAUCGAAUUUUGCAAGAUCCUAAACAACGUCGUUUUUUCAAAUCAAAUGAUUUACAUGAAUUGUUUCGUUUGGAUGAUGAUGAAGAUGAUGAUGAGGAUGGCGAUAGUAAGAAAAUACAGCCAAAAGCCGUUCGCACAGAAACGUCCAUUUUAUUAGCCGGCACUGAUUCAGAAAUUAAUUUGAAAGAAAAAUAUGAAAAUCGAAAACGAGGAAAAAAUCUUAAAUUUGAAGGGCAACGUGUACCGCAUUUGACAAAAAUUGACAUUGAUCGUCGAGAGAAUAAAAACAAUAUUGAUGAGAGAAGGAGUAAUGAAAAUGAAAUUGAUAAAGAUAAAGAUGAUUAUGUAUUGAGUAAAUUAUUCAAAAAAUCUGGUGUUCAUUCUGCAUUACAACAUGACACUAUUGUUGAUAAUUGUGUUAACGACUAUGUUUUUGUUGAAGCAGAAGCACAACGCUAUGCGGAAGAAGCUGUCAGAGCAUUGAAACGAUCAAGUCAAGAUUGCUAUUCAGCCGAGAGUGGAAUUCCGAAUUGGGGCAAUGUUCAGAAUAUUCGCCGUUUCGGAACACGUACUAACAAAGUGUCAGUGUCAAGCACAGCUCAAGUUGUAACGAAUGAAAAUGAAGAUUCAUCAGCGUCUUCCACGGCAUCUAUGACGUCGGCUUUUGCAAACAAAGCAUCAACAGAUGAUGCACUGUCAUCGACUGACCUAUUAAAACAAAUACGAGAAAGAAAGCGACAGAAUAAUUUUGUUGUACAGACGUCAGUAUCGUCAACGAAUGAUACUAAUAUCAACAGUGAUGGAAAUAGACGGCAACGGCCACAAAAUAAUAUAAAUGAUAAUGAUAAUGAAGAAGAAAAUCAAAUGGAUUUGUCGUCGAAAGAAGGAUUACAAUUAAUUCGAGAAUUAAAAGACUUUUUGACGUAUGGUACAACAAUUCAUGGUAAAGCAACAACCAAUGAGAUCAUUGAACAUUUUCAAACACGUUUCAAUCAACGACCAGAAUUGGUACCCAAAUUUAAAUUUUUAUUAAAAAAUAUAGCCGAAUUACAUCGUACACCGGCGGGAAUUGGACAUUGGCAGUUAAAAGCAGAAUUCCGUUAG